AUGGAGCCACUGCCAGUGGCCGCGGCCCGCACGACUCGCACGACGACUGCGAAACCGGACCUGGUCCAAGAGUCUGUUCCGAGGAGUCCUCGAAAAGCAAUGCAGUUCGUGGCACGAAUGAGAAGCCUAACAAGCUCGCCUGAGUCACCGAACUCGUCGUGUACCCAAGAACAUGACGAGGGGCGAAUCUUAGGCCUUUGCGCCGACAGCGAAGCUGGACCCUCUCAUUCAGGCCUUCUACACCUCCUGCGUCUACUGCCGCUUUGGCUCUGCUGCGGCCAUGCGAAAGCCAAGGACCUGUCCAGCUUCCGACUUUCGGAGCCCGAGCGCCGCGCCGCCAAGGAGUGCCUUCAACGCGCACGGCAGGCUGGAGAUGGCGAUAAGCCUUCGAUGUGCUUCAUGCGCCAGGACAUCUUGAGCGGGAAGUGGGCUCACUUCCAACUUGGCACCGGCAAUGCCAAGAAGCCACGGCAGACGGAGAGCAAAAGCAAGCAAGUGCAGAUGAGGCCCAUCCACGAAGAGCCCGACCAGCUCAAAGGAUGCCCCUUUUGCGCUCUCCACCCUCCUGAAGCCGCAGACGUGUUGCGCUUCGAGGAGCUCAAGAAUGGCGAGGCCGAGUACGACUCGAUGUGGCAGGCACUCAAGGAUCACUUUUGGUAUGCGGAAGACACUUUUGCCGGCCACCGCCUACGUCGGGACUGGUCACGCCCCGAUCCAUCCCGGCCUGCGCAGGUUCGGGUCGUCCGCAACAUUUUCCCGAGCAUGAGCGUGCCACGCGAAUAUUACGACGACGACUACGACGGGGGAUUUCUUGAAGACAUGACUGGAAAUAUGAUCAAUCCUGCCGUGGAGCACCCCUUGUACCUGCAGGUGCCCGGCGUGGGCUUCAACGACGUGGUAAUCGAGACACCGUGGCACAACAUGUGCGCCGCCCUGGAGCGGGAAGAGUACAUUGCCCUGACUCUGCGUGCGAUUGUCAUACGAGGGAGGGAGCUGAUGCAAAAUCCUUUGGUGCGCUAUGUGUCGGUGUUCAAGCAGCACAAGUGCGGAAGCAUUGUUCACGCUCACUGGCAAAUCAUCACCACACCAUUUGUGCCCAGUUCUGUGGAUGUUCAGUUGAUACGCGCAGCGCGGCUCCACAGACGCUUCAAUGCUUGCAUCGGCUGCCAGGUCCUGGUAACGGCGCCAACCGGUUCCGACCUGGCCAGCGAGCGAUUGGUCCUCGAGACGAAGCACUUUGUGGUCUCGGCGCCCUUUGCCUGCCGCGAGCGUUGGCGGCUCUACCUUGCACCGAAGCGGCACUCGCCGGAUUUCUUUGCCACGACGGAAGACGAGUUGGUUGAUCUUGCGCAUGUGCUGAAGAGAGUGCUUCAGAUGUAUUACCACAAGCUGGAUGAUUGUCCUUUCAACAUUGCUGUCUGGACUCGGCCGACCGUUGUGAAGGAUGAUUCUUGGCUGCGCGCCUUCAGGUGGAAUUCCGGGCCGGACGAUUGCCGCCACUUCCACUGGCAUAUUGGCUUCUACCCAAGAGGGAAGCCAACACCACAGGGCUUCAAGAACGCAACAGACAUUGCACCGAUGAAGACGCUUCCUGAAGAUGAUGCGGCAAUCAUGCGGCAAUGGCUCACAGAGCUCCAGUGA